AUGUUCUCAAUCAAGCAUUUCUUGCUCAUUCUCAUCCUAAUCGCCUUCAAUUUGCCGGAACGCGUCGUGGCGAGACCUCAAGCAAGACGGUGCGCCGAUCGAAUGUAUGAAGCCGCACAAGCGCUUUGCCCGAUUGCAUUGAGAAGUAUAACUGGCGAAGCAUCCAAAAUUUGCUGCGACCGAUUAUGCACAUUGGCCGAAAUCAAGAAUUUAUUCUGUCCGGAUAGUAAUGAUGUGGGAUAUCGGAAAUAA